CCUCAGGUGUGUGACUGGUGUCCUCCUCCACAGCAGCAGUACCUGAAUCUGACCAGCGGGGGGCGAAACAACGCGACACACACUGCAGACCACGGCUGCUUCGUCCAUCCAUCCUCUCAUCCCUCUCCUCCUCUACAGCGACAGACACUUCCCUCCAUCCUCCCCGUACACUCAGCCAAUCAGUGCGUCCGCUGCCCAACAGGCCGACGCCCACUCUGGAGCACACCCCUGUUACCAUGGCAGCAGCGUCACCAGACAGGUGGUGAAGAAGCCUCUGAACGCCUUCAUGCUCUACAUGAAGGAGAUGAGACACAAAGUGCUGCAGGAGGGACGUGAGCGAGAGAGCGCCGCCAUCAACCGCAUCCUGGGACGCCGGUGGCACGCUCUGUCGCAGUCUGAACAGUCCAAAUAUUACGAUCUGGCCCAGAAGGAGAGACUGCUCCACAUGCAGCUUUACCCCGGGUGGUCGGCCAGAGAUAACUACGGUAAAAGGAAAAGGAAGCGGAGCCAGCAGCCUUCAGGGAGCUGCUCCAGCUGGACUCUGACGGCUGAAUGAGACAACACGUGACAGAAAACACACUGUGAUCGUCAUCUGAGUGGAAAAUAAAAAAAUAAAAAUGUUCUGACUGAAAUCAGAGUUUCUACUGUGUUCACGGAGUUAAGACAUUAAAAAAGAGGAGAGAGAAGAGAGAGAGAGGGGAGACGAGAGGAGAAAGAGCUGUAAAACUAUUACGUUAAGUAUCAAAGUACCAGAGUAGUAUAAGCUUUGAGUAAAUAAAUAUCAGUGGUAAAAGUACUACAUGUAGUUAAAGAUGUAAAAAUACUCAGUUAAAUGUAUCAAAGUAAAAGUACUUGUUCACAACAGUACAUAACAUGAAUCAUCUUUGCCAGCUGUUGACUGAAAAUAAAUCUUUUAUUAUCAAAGCAUCUGGAUUGUGACACUGUUCAAGUCAGAUGUGUGUUUCAGUGUUGAACAUCAAGUGAGAAACUCUCUAUGAAACAACAGCCUUCAUUAAUUCAGCAGCAUUUUACAGGGGGUUUUGGUUUGAUCUAAACUUUACAGACAGUUUUAGUUUCAUGGAUUCAUUUUACAGUAAAAAAAAAAAGUCAUAAAAAUAUUUUACAUGUUAUAUAACUUAAACAACAAUAAUCAAGAGUAGAAAAACAUACAGAACAAAACUCAUUAACUUACACUGAUAAGCUCUCACUGUGAUGAAGAGUUAGCACUGGGAAUGCUAAGUCGCUAGCUUUGUUAGCUUUGGUCCUGAAUUUCUAGCUAGCUUACAAACAAAAGCAACAUGAAAUAAUUUCCUAUGUUUUAAGAUUUAGUCUCAAGUCUCCAGGUAUGUUUGCCUUUCAUGUAAGCUAAAUGUAUUAUUUUUACUUGAGCUGACAUUAAUCAUCAUAAUCAUAGCUUAGCAUAACAAGCUAACCUGUUGCUACUUCACUCAAUUCAAUGACACAUGCCUUCAUUCUCACAGCGAUGUAAAGACACCUUAAAUUAACUGAAGGACAGCUAAGUGGCUAGCAGUUUUAGCUUUGGUCCUGAAUCUUUAGUUAGCUUAGCUUAGUUAUUAGCUUAAAUUAAUUGGCAUUACUUUCAUUAGUGUUGUUAGCAUUAUUCAUCAAAGUUGUUUAGAUGAAUGAGCUAGCAUAUGGCUAACAAAUUCAGCUCUCAGCUCUCUCAGAGAGGGCCAAUUAGCCAGCAGUUUAGUUUGGGUCUUCAAUCUCUGGUUAGCUUGAUUGGCAUAAUUACUGCUAACUAACACAAUGAUGUCAGCUUUCACUCUCACAUAUGGCAGUUCGGAUUUACUGGCACUUUAAUGGCAUCUGAGACUUUUUUUAAAACCUUAGGUUGAGACAGAAAUUUAAUGCUUAUCAUAAUAAAUUCCUGAAAUCCCUCAGAAGCCUUUGACAGAAGUUUGAAAAAACAUUGUGCUUCUUCUUCUUAUUCAUUGUAUUUUAACACUGUCUAAUGAUGUUAAUGUGUGUUUUUUAGUGUUUGUGUCCCAGAAAAUCAAGUAACACAGAGAAAUACAAUGGUUUUCAGAUGAUUUGAUGGAGGCUAGUAAGUAGGCUAAGUAAGUAGUAAUAGUAGGCUAGCUGUAAUUUCGACACUAA